GCGGAAGUCUUUCGCUUCGCACUGCGCCAUUUGAGCUAACAAACGGUUGUUGUUUUUCUACGAACACGUGACCCCCCCCCCCCACGUCCUUUUCCGCAUCACAUGACCUGGCGGCUCGUGCCGCUUGAGAGGAGCAGUCGAGACGCGCUCGCUCGUGACUUUGACCCGUAAACUUUGACAGCGAUGAGAAAGAGGAGCGCGCUCGCGCUGCCCCCCCUGCUGCUGCUGCUGCUGCUGUGCGCGCGCCCCGCUCAAGGGUCCAACGGCAGCCUCCCUCUGGUCAUGUGGCACGGCAUGGGGGACAGCUGCUGUAACCCCCUGAGCAUGGGUGCCAUCAAGAAGAUGGUGGAGGAGGAGAUUCCGGGCAUCUACGUCCUGUCGCUGAUGAUCGGCAAAACGGUCACGGAGGACAUGAAGAACGGCUUCUUCAUGGACGUGAACGAGCAGGUGUCCACGGUGUGCGAGCAGCUCGCCCGUGACCCCCGGCUGAAAGGGGGCUACAACGCCAUGGGCUUCUCCCAGGGGGGGCAGUUCCUGAGGGCUGUAGCUCAGCGAUGCCCCUCACCCCCCAUGAAGAACCUGAUCUCCGUGGGGGGUCAGCAUCAAGGAGUGUUCGGUCUGCCUCGGUGUCCCGGUGAGAGCUCCGCCCUCUGCGAGUGGAUCCGCAAGAGGCUCAACUCGGGGGCGUACACGGACCUCGUGCAGAAGCAUCUGGUACAAGCGCAGUACUGGCAUGACCCACUCAACGAAGACCUGUACAGAACGCACAGCCUCUUCCUGGCCGACAUCAACCAGGAGCGGGCUGUGAACGAGUCCUACAAGAAGAACCUGCAGGCGUUGCAGAAGUUCGUGAUGGUGAAGUUCUUGCAGGACAGCGUCGUGGACCCCGUGAACUCAGAGUGGUUUGGCUUCUUUAAACCAGGCCAGGAUGUGGAACUGGACACUCUGCAAGAGAGCACCUUGUACAAAGAGGAUCGACUGGGACUCGCCGCCAUGGACAAAGCAGGCAAGCUGGUCUUCCUGGCCUCCGAUGGGGAUCACCUGCAGUUCGACAGGGCAUGGUUCAAUGCCAACCUCUUACCCUUCCUGCGCUGAGGACACCUCCUCUCUCUCUCUCUCUCACACACACACACACACACACACACACACACACACACACACACACACACACUCCUUGCACUGCAUUCCUGGUUUGACCCGUUUCCACACACCACAAAUUUUUGCUAACUCCUUAUCUUUCCUAAAGUAACAAUCGAGUGUCGCUGAUAAACUCUCCAGUAACCCAAUGAAAAUAAUGAACGUUGGCUAGAGGAAAUUAAAUUUUGAAACUGGAAUUUAGCAUU